AUGCCUCCAAAGAUUUUUGUCGCAUUUGGUUCUCACAGAUACCAAAGGACAACCGCAAACCUGAGCCGACGAAUGGCUCCCGGAGGUCAUCGACGUCGCCAAACGCUGGGUCAAGGUCUGGAUAAGGAGGUUCACCAAGUUGUGCGCAAAAUCAUCGAUGAACGCUCCCAGUACGGUGAUGCCACUACCCGACUGUCUUUCGCAGUAGUCUAUGACGAGAUCCGAAGCUCGAACUCCAGUCUCAACCGAAAACCCAAGAAGGUACUAGAGGACAGCAUCGAACGAGUCCUCGAAACUAUUGAACAGGAUGCAGAAUCCGAUUCCGAAAAUCUAGCAAAUGACGACGAUCAAGAGGGUCAACACCAGCGAGGAAAACAAAGGCCAUCUUCAAAUGGCCUCAAUAAGAGUAUCGUGGGCAUGUGGGCUACAUCAGGGACAUUUACACCUAGCGGCUCCCAAACACCUCAACGAGAUCAACAACUCGAUAAAUCCAGCAAUGUUGACGCCGACCAGUCCGCUAAACGUCGUCUCGCAAAUGGCGAGCCCCCUACGAAGAAACGCAGAGCCACAACGGGUUCAAACUUGUCCAUCAAUAAAUCUCCACCGACGUACGUUAGCCUAGCGUCUCUGGGCGGCGUGGACGCUGUGAUCCAACAAUUCGAAGAUCUCCUCGUCCUCCCCAUGAAGCGACCGGAAAUCUACACUAGAAGCAACGUGCAGCCACCGCGGGGUGUCCUGAUUCACGGGCCCCCCGGAUGUGGCAAGACAAUGAUAGCGAAUGCCUUCGCCGCUGAACUGGGUGUGAAUUUCAUCUCCAUCUCCGCACCGAGCAUUGUCUCGGGAAUGUCUGGGGAGUCGGAGAAAGCACUACGGGAUCAUUUCGAGGAAGCGAAGAAGUCGGCUCCGUGUCUCAUAUUCAUCGACGAGGUCGAUGCGAUCACGCCGAAACGAGAGUCGGCGCAACGUGAAAUGGAAAAGAGAAUCGUCGCUCAGUUACUGACGUGCAUGGACGAUCUUGCCUUGGAAAAGACAGAUGGGAAGCCUGUGAUUGUUCUUGCUGCGACGAAUCGGCCCGACAGUCUCGAUGCAGCGUUGAGACGAGGGGGUCGCUUCGACAAAGAGAUCAAUAUGAGUGUGCCUAGUGAGCCCGUUCGAGAACAAAUUCUACGGGCCUUGACGAGGGACACCAAUCUCGCGGACGAUGUGGACUUCUCGCUGCUAGCCAAAAGAACUCCGGGUUUUGUAGGUGCAGAUUUGAACGAUCUUGUUUCGACCGCCGGAGCAGCUGCUAUCAAACGAUAUCUCAAUAUUCUGAAGGCAAAUUCGGAAACAGCCUCGAUAGAUCUUGAUCCCAUACCCGGACGCUCUCCCCACUCGCUCUCGCCAAAGGUCACUUCCCUUCGCCGACUUAUUAAAUAUACCGAUGAGAACCCACCGGAACAAAAUAGUGAUGACGCCGUAAUCUCCAUAACCUUCGACGACUUCCUGACAGCGCUCCCUCAAAUUCAACCUUCGGCGCUGAGAGAAGGGUUCGCGACCAUACCGUCGACGACGUUCUCUUCCAUCGGAGCAUUAGACAGCCACAUUUCCGAAUUGACUUCAACAAUCAUCUCACCAAUCCUCAGCCCAUCACUCUACUCCAAUCUGGGAAUAACACCCUCGUCAGGGACGCUUCUGUGGGGCCCUCCCGGCUGUGGCAAGACACUACUAGCAAAAGCGUGUGCAAAUUCCAGUCAUGCCAACUUCAUUAGUGUCAAGGGCCCGGAGUUAUUGAACAAAUACGUGGGUGAAUCUGAGCGGGCUGUUCGGCAGGUCUUCACUCGUGCGAGAUCAAGCGUCCCCGUGAUCAUAUUCUUUGACGAACUUGACGCUCUAGUGCCUCGACGUGAUGGGACGAUGUCUGAAGCUAGUGCCCGAGUAGUCAACACUCUACUGACUGAACUCGAUGGUGUCGGCUACAGUCGAGAGGGCAUCUAUGUGAUCGCAGCCACAAAUCGACCUGACAUCAUUGAUCCCGCAAUGUUGAGACCCGGCCGCUUGGACUCAUUGCUUUAUGUCGGCCUUCCCGAUGCGGAAGGGAGGGUGGAUAUUCUGAACACACUUUGUAAGAAGGUAAAGAAUUUUGUAUUCGAUGAUUCCAUCGCCGCAAUUGCUCGAGAAUGUGAUGGGUUUAGUGGUGCUGACCUGGAGUCAUUGCUGAGACGUGCUGGAAUGGCUGCCAUCCGUCGUUGCGCAUCUCUUUCUUUGCCCUCCGAUAAUGUUGUGUUAGUAGCUGAAGAUUUUGUCUCGGCUAGAAACGAGGUCAGACGUAGUGUCGGAGUUGAUGAUAUGUUGCGGUAUGAAUUACUUAAAGAACAAUGGGGUCAGAGUUGA